CAGGUUUACGCAGUGUGUUAUCAAGUCAUAAACACAUUUCAUGCCCCUGGUUAUCACCUCUAGUCCUCUGGUCAUUAGAUUAUUAUUUUUUUUUUUAUAGCUGAUCAAAGUUUGUGUUAAGACAGUGUGUGUGUAUAUUCUACAGUGUAUGUAGACUGAGGCAGCACUCGUCCUCCCCUCCUGAUCAGAUACAAACUGAACGAGGCAGUUGACAACUGGCAGUGUGUCCAUACGCUGUUGGACUUAACAGUGAAGUUAAUUCAUACUUCCUCCUUCUACACUUCAAGACCAUCAACUGCUCGACCAUCCAACACAACUAGCUAUGUAACUCCAUGCAGCUUGAAAUAAUCAAGGAACAUCAGACUUUGGACAUUUAAACCCCACAAUGAUAUCAUCUGCACUAUCAGAUGACUCAUAAGGAUUUAUGGGGAAACUGAUUUAAAUCACAAGCAGCAGAAAUCACUACAGCUCUUGGAUCCUAAACCAGACGACUGGACAGCACACUGAGGUUCAGACCAGAGAGCACUUCACAAUAACAGACGCCUUCACCCUUCAGCAAGAUGGAAGAUCUUCUUUGACUACAAAGAGUCAUUCGAGGCACUUCUUCUUAGGGGCGGUACCAAGUGAUUAUUACAGUAGACAUAAUUACUUCCCUUCACAAUCAUGCAGUCCAGACUAAGGUCAGGUUUUAAGUCAGUCUGUUCCAGAUCAAAAUCAAAUGGUGCUGAAGAAACACAGCAAACCAAGACUUACAUUAGGUCACCACCUGUUAUUUCACCACCAAAUUAUUGGAAUUCAAAGACGCGAGUGUGCAUUAAAUGGCUUGCUGAUACUGUUAAAGAAAAAAGCACACUGCUAAAACCCCAGACAGGGUCUCUGCCUGUUUAUAAAGUUCCCUUGAAAAAAGAGCAAAUCAGUGUUAGUGGGUGCAAGAAAUUCAGUUUUGGGGAAGAGUCCACUAAACUAAAUCGCACCAUUAUGGUUCUUGGAACAACUGGUGCUGGGACAUCAACUCUCCUUAAUGGGAUGAUCAAUUACAUUCUGGGUGUUAAAUGGGAGGAUUCAUUUCGCUUUAAGUUAGUUGAUGAGGGUCAGUCAAAAUCACAAGCUCACAGCCAGACUUCUGACGUCACUGUGUACAAACUCAACCACCAGGAGGGGUUUAAAAUAGAGCACUCACUGACCAUUGUUGACACUCCAGGGUUUGGAGGUACAAGAGGCAUAGAAAGAGACAGAGAGAUCACAGAACAGCUCCGUAAUCUCUUCUCUGCUGAGCUUGGGAUCAGUGAAAUUGAUGCUGUUUGUAUUGUAGCUCAGGCUGCUUUAACACAACUAACACCAUCACAGAAAUUUGCGUUUGAAUCUGUGCUCUCAAUCUUUGGCAAAGAUAUUGCAGAAAACAUCCAGGUUCUGGUGACGUUUGCAGACGGCCAGAAACCACCAGUUCUUGAGGCAAUCAGUGCUUCAGGCAUCCCAUGUCCUGAAAGAAAAGAUGGGCUACCAAUUCACUUCAAAUUCAAUAAUUCGGCGUUGUUUACAGACAGCAAAUCAUCUGCAGCAGACAGCAUGAGUGAGGAUGAUGAAAAUGGAGAAGAAAGCUUUGAUCAGAUGUUUUGGAACAUGGGGACAAAUAGCAUGAGGACAUUCUUUGUCGCUCUGGAUGUCAUGGACACCAAAAGCUUGACCAUGACAAAAGAGGUCCUCAGAGAAAGACAGAGGCUUGAGAAGGCAGUUGAAAAUUUGCAGAAAGAGGUUAAGGUUGGGUUAGCCAAGCUAGAUGAGAUAACAGAGAAGGCUGAAACACUUAAAGAGCACGAGGCAGAGAUGUGCAGAUAUAAGAAUUUUGAGUUUGAAUCCAGCUUCCUAGACGCUGUUCAAGUACAAAUUACUGGUACUGGAAUUUACCUCAACAACUGUAAGCAGUGUCAUUUCACCUGUCACUCUCCCUGUAGAAGAUCCAUUAAUACAGGAGACAAAAGACACUGCAAAGCAAUAGGAUCAGAUGGACGCUGCACAAAGUGCCCAGGGAAAUGUUACUGGGAUGAACAUAAUGAUCAGACGUACAAAUGGGAGAGUGAGGAAUUGAAGGAAGUAACAACAGUGAAAGAACGUAGAAAGAAGUACAGAAACGCAAAAGAUAUUAAGAAAUGUUAUCAGACAUUGAUUGAAAAACUGAUGCAUGAAUAUCAACCCGUGCAGGCUGAGGUGGAGGCACUGAGAGCGCACUAUAACAAGAGUCUGAACAGACUUAAAAAGAUAGCACUGAAGCCGAAUCCUCUCUACGCUCGUGAAUUCACUGACAUGCUUAUUGAGGCAGAGAAAUCUAAGGCCAAGCCAGGCUGGAGACAACGAGUUCAGCCCCUGAUAACCAUGAGGGAAAAAGCAGACAUCAUGGCUACAGUCGACAGAGGAGAGAUACUCCUCCCAAGUCCACCUAUUGACCUCCAGUGUUCCAGUCCCAGCCAUGACAUCACUGAGACUGAUAAUAAGAGACCAAGACUAAAAUGAUACCGACACUGACACCAGCAAAAAUAAAAAGGACAACACUGACUGAUACCAACCGAGACCAACAUAAGAUCAACACAAAUGCAGACCACGACAAAGUCAACACAGAUACCAACCUUGACUGACUCUGAUAAAGGCCAGGAUGAAACUGAACCAAAUAACAACUGAGGCCAAGAAGAGACCAAGACCAAUUCUAACAUGAACAAAGACCAAGACAGUGAGCUUGACACUAACCCAAACCAAGACCAGACUGAUUCCUAUGAAGCCCAGGACAGGACGUUGUCAAGGGGGAACAAGGUCUUCCUGCUUACCGUAUCCAUUUAAUUAUCUACUUUUGUUUUAUUUGAUAUUAAUUUGCUUUGUACUUUAAAGCUGCAGUUUUUCUAUGUCAGCAACUACAUGUGGGACAAUGCAAUUUAUAUGUACAUGAAGUCAUAUAACCAUGCAAUCUGAAUAAGCAUCUAAAGCUUCUGCAUUGAUUCCCCUAAAAGCUAUGUAUGUUGCUUGCAUCAUUUUAGAAAAUAUAAAAAGUUCUGUUUUAUAUGGAUGCUUUAUUUGAUUUAGAAUUUCAAAUACCCACAUUUUAAUAAAUUGUCAUUUCGGACUGUGUGAUCAUGUACAAAAUGCUCACAAAAUGUAUAUAGACUGGCAGACGUUUGACUUUAUCUUUCUGUGACAACAAUUCACUCUGUAAAACAAUACAGCAAAAAUUGUGUUUGCUUUGUAUACUCCCUCCUCCUUCACAAAAUCUUAAAUUAGUACAAUACAGAAUAUCAAGUAUUCAUGAUCUGAAGUCAAAAACGUUUGUCACAUCACUUUCAUUUGAAGGAACUGUAAAUGAUGAAGUUAAUUUCUUAAAAAAAGAAAAAAAGCCAGCACUCACAAAUGUCCUUUUGGUAAAUUUAAUAAACCAACUUGGGUGACGUUACCAGAAACACAGACGUUUCGACAGAAAGUCUUCUUCACUGAAGAACACAGACGUUUCGACAGAAAGUCUUCUUCAACGUCUGUGUUUCUGGUAACGCCACCCAAGUUGGUUUAUUAAAUUUACCAAAAGGACAUUUGUGAGUGCUGACUUCUUUUCUUUUUUUCUGCUGCUUUUCGCCGUGCACCUGUUGAGUGGAUUUAUUUUGAGAGUGCUUGCUUCUUUCCUACGUGAAGUUAAUUUCUUAACCAGUCCUGUAUGCUAUUAGAUUUUAAUCAUUAACUCCAUUGAAUGUAAGCUUUUAAAGUUUGACAGUGAGAUACCUACCAUGCAGACAUAUUUGGAAACAUCACUUGCAUCAUGGUCCUGUGCUCAUGUCUGGUCUCAUCUUCAUGACGAACUUCUGAAUCUGCUGGUACCGAUGAAUAAAUGGAAAAGCCACAUUAAAGCCAGAUUCCUCUACCAAUAUGCAGACUUCCACUGCUGUAUAUAUAUAUACCUAUGUUUGUUGUCUAACAUUUUCUUUGUUUUGUAUGGAUUUUAUUUAACAAAAAAAGACAGUGGUAUGAUCAUCAAAAAAGUCCCUAAGCUAUAGAGUGAGCUGUACAAUGUUAUUUAACUAGCUGGCUAACUAUCCAUUCAGUGAAAAGACACGCAGGCCAAAAACAGGCUACAAUAAAUUGUAAACUUGUGUUUUUUCUUGAUAUUAAAGUUGUAACUAAACCA